AUGGCGCGCGCGACGCCGGCGCCGGCGCCGGCGCCGGCGACGGCGCGCGCGCGCGCGGAGGCGCGCGGCGACGCCGGUCGGCGGUCGGUCGCGGCGCGCGCGCGACGCGCGCGGGCGCGCGCGCCGGUCGGCGCGGUGGUGGACGACGCGACGACGCGCGCGCGCGGCGCGCGCGGCGUCGACGGCGCGCGGCGAACGCGAGACGCGCGCGACUAUUGGUUUCCGGUGUGCUUCUCGGGGAAUCUGCGAGAUAAGGACGCGCUGGUGGCGUUUGAUUUGUUCAACGUGCCGUGGGUGCUGUUUCGGGGGCGCGACGGCGAGGUGGGGUGCGUGAAGGAUGAGUGCUGUCAUCGCGCGUGCCCGCUGUCGCUCGGGAAGGUGGUGGACGGACGGGUGCAGUGCCCGUAUCACGGGUGGGAGUACGAGACGAACGGCGAGUGCGCGAAAAUGCCUUCGUGUAGUUUUUUGAAGAACGUCUUCGCGGACGAGCUCAGGGUGAUCGAGAGGGAUGGGAUGAUAUUCGUUUGGGCCGGAGAAAGCGAUCCCGCGGACUUUGUUGGACCGGAGGCGGCGUGCGAGUCUUGGGACGAGGACGUGUACGAAGCCAACGAACCGGGGAUGUUCACGACGGGCGAGGGAUUCGUGACGAUGGCGGAAGUCAUCGCGGACGUGAAACUUGACAGCGAUGUCGUGGUGGAACGGUUGUUAGACAUCACCGAGCGCGCGCGGCGGGAACCGGUGUCGGUGAAGAAUCGCGGUCGAGGCGCACUCUUUCCGGUGGACGGCACGCGGUUGAUUUCAAAAGUCUUGCGGAUCGGUUACGACGCGGUACCGCAGAGCGUGGUUUUCAAACCGUCGUGCGUGAUCGCGAGCACGAUCGCGCUGAGACCGCGCGUAGGGGGUGGAGAUGGGACUUCGAUGCAAGUAGAGCAGUUGCACGUGUGCUUGCCCGCCAAGCCGGGGCUCACGCGCGUCCUGUUCCGCAUGGCUUUCGAUUUCGUCCCGGAGGGUGCGCAAAACGCGGCGGGUGACGUGUGGAAGAACUUAGCAAUGCAGGUCCUACAAGAAGAGCUCGAAGACGUGCGAAGCGCGGGGCUGAAAUCGGAAACGACAUCCAUAGCGGUUGAAUCGUUUCGCGUCUUCAAGAGAGGAGACAAGUAG